CCUCUAUGGUCACGUGUCCGUAUAGCCUCCCGGACAGAAUAAGAAAGUGGGCUGGUUUAGUCGUCUUCUGUUGUGUAUGUUAGCUUCAGUUAGCAAAGAAGCUAGCCAAGGUGGCUUAACUUUAUGAUUUUAUAAUGGUUCAACUUCACUUUGCACGUGGAUUACGUACUGGUAUUUCGCAAACGUUUAGUAUCCAACUUGCUGCCCUCCGAAUUGGGAGGCCUGCUACUUACGCGUCCAGAAGGCUGCCAUUGAAGACCCAAGAGCAUCACACUGUCGAAAGGUCGUUUCUCAACAAUGUGUCUAACGAGGUACAGUUAACCUCUAUACAGCGGAUGGUCCGCAGCUUCUGUACAUCCUCCACCUGCCACUCUGAAGAGGGGAAGCUGAUCUAUUCAGGGAACCUCGGCAACGCUGUUCGAGGGGUGAAGAUGUUCUCCUACACCAGUAGCGGGGCCAGCCUGUGCGUGAUGCCAUACAUACUUCUGAAGACGGGCAUCAGCGUUCAUGGUCUGGUGCUGAAAGGUGCCUUCUGCGGUGUCAUCGGUUUCUUUACAUUCCUGACUCCCAUCCUCCUCCACAUCAUCACCAAAGGCUACGUGGUCCGCCUGUACCACAACCAGGACACUGACACGUACACAGCUGUCACUUACAAUGUCCUCCUGAUGGAGAAAAAGACUGUGUUCCGUCAGAGUGAGGUCAAGAUACCGGGUGUCAGCAAAAUGUUCACCACAUUCUAUGCCGACAAGAAGUCGAUGCUUGUGAACCCGAUGCUGUUCCCACUUCCUCAUGACUAUAACCACCUCAUGGGUUACGACCAGCCCUUUUCAUUUGAUACGGAAGACUUGGAUGGUAAUCCAAAUAAAAGUUAAUUGAUUUGUACAGAUAAUGCCAAUGGCAGUCAACUGCUGUAUGGAAUGGUUGUGAGUGUGUGUGUGUAUAUGUACGACUAACUUAAAGUGUAGUCACAAUAGCAUAUUAAAGAGAAGACCAUUGAAAUGUUGGUGACUAGGAAAAGGUAAUGUACAGAUGUAGAGGAGUAUUAUGGAGAAAAAAAGGUUUUGAACAAAGCUUAUGGAAAAGUACAUUUCACCUCUGACAAGACUGUGGUUUGAGUGGUAAUGUCCCUUUCUUCUGCUUCAGAGUAACACUGCCAGUAUUCUGUUGGAAAAAUGACAAGAUCCUACUCAUUGUUUGAGGAAGUUUGGGCACUGUCGAGCAGUUUGUAUAUUGCAUGAAAACAGGAGACCGGCAGUCAGUCAAACCAUUGCUGAGUAUCUAUCAAUGUCAGUUGCAAUAAAUUUACAUUUUACAUAAUUACCAUGAUGUUUCAAAUCCUGAGUAUUGUUUUAAGUGUUUUGGCUGCUUGUGGACAGAGAAGAUUACUUUGCUCUUCAGAAAGUAUUGAAGCCUGGUAUACUUGGCAUGGUAGGACAGCCCUUUCUAUUUACUUAUCUAGUGUGACCAAAUAGAGAAGAAUGUAAAACUUUUUAUACGGAAUUUAAUCAGAACGUUUUAGAUAAAGCUAGUAUAUUGCUGUUACUAGAUAGGAACUACUAGGUGUCUGGAAAUUGUGUUUGCUGUAUUUAAUCUGACGCUCUUUUACCAGGGGCAAUGUAUGAUUUUUCUAUGACAAUGUCACCCUGCAGCAAUGGAAUGUAGUUACCUACUCAGUGAUUUCAAGUGAGAAUUUAAGUUGAUUUAAUUUUCAAUACACAUUGUAAACACUC